AUGAGCUCUAAUAAUAUCGUUCCAUACCAAUAUUCGCCUCUGCGGAGCCCGGACUCGAUUCGGAUCGUCAUCCUCGACCCAGCUCCGGAUGCCCAGUCUCCUCUGCGGUGCUCCUUAGCUCAAUACGACAAAGUGGAGCAGAUGAAGAACUUCGGCACAAAAAAGGACUUUGAGGCCGUCUCAUACACCUGGGGAGACGCGCCACCGUCUUGUCAGUUGAUAAUUGAAGGUGCAUUUUCGUUCGACAUCAGCCCGACAGUCGAUUCACUCUUGAGAGCCCUGCGACAGUCCUCUACCACAAGAUCCCUUUGGAUCAAUGCCAUUUGCCUCAAUCAGCAAGAUGCUGGUGAGAAAGCGCAACAACUCCCUCGCAUGGGCCGGAUCUACAAAGGAGCAAAAGAAGUCCACAUAUGGCUCGGUGACCCAGACGACAAGACUGCAGCAAUCUUCUCUGCCAUUCGCAUGAUGCAAAUGAUCCCGGACACAAAACAAGCGAAAACAAUGGCCGACGCAACAUUGAAAAUCACUGAGAACCAACUUGGGGCUGACCACAUCCUUCACCUCAAGCGCUUCCUCUCCCGACCUUGGUUUUCGCGCCGUUGGAUUAUCCAGGAGGCAUGCUUAGCCAAAGAGGCCAAAGUCCACUGUGGAAUAUCUUCUCUCGGUUUGCCUUGGUUUGUCGUCGCUGCUCGGCGAUUGAAGUGUGUCAAAGAGCUAUACGCGUUCCAAUACCACUACCAAAUUCUAAUGAUGAAGAGUCUGAGCGAAGAGCGGAAGCCGAUCCUCCAGUUGCUCUGGAAUUUCCACGCUGCUAAGUGUAGGGAGCCAGAGGAUCGGAUUGCUGCGUUAGUCGGUUUGAUACCGGACCAUGAGCAAAUUAUGGACCAGCAAAGUUACCUGGAUCUUCGACAACACUGGUCAGUUCUGUACCGAAGGCUUGCACUGGCGAUGUUUCAGCGUGGUCAGAAGACUGCUUUACAGAUGCUGCUUCACCUGGCUGAGUUCGGGCCGCUUAGGGAAUCUGACGAUUAUUACCCGUCAUGGGUGCCGAAUUGGACCACAGAACGGCGUAGAAACCUACCAUUCUACAACAUGAGCAGCAACGUCGAUGCAUUUGACUAUCCCGAGAAGCCUGGCUUUCCAGAGGUUGCUGUUGUCAUGGACUUGGAGUCCGCCUCCACAUUUGCCUUGCCACCUGUUAACCCCAUUGGAGACGAGUGGGUUGUGCAAGAGAUCCCCGGGAAAACACCAAAUUGGACAGACGACCGUACCACGCGGUUUUUGUUCAAGCAGGAUCGAAUAUUCAUCCGCUGGUACGAUUCCUCGGGUGGCCCCAGAGGCCGUACGGUCGACAGCUUCAUGUUCGCAGAUGCACCCGACGGAUACCCAGACUCCUUCUCUCCGUUGCAUGAACUCGCCAUACUCUGUUAUAAUUUCUUCCCAUCCAACUUCCCAUAUGCGGAAGGCGACUCGGAGAAGAUUGACAUCAUUGCGAUGCUAUUCUGGAACAUGUUACGCUUUCGCAACCCCUCCAAAAUACCGCCUGAGCAAAGAUUCAUCGGAAAUACCCUCAAGUAUCUUUGCAAACUACAGCGACACCAACUCACCUCGGACCAGGCCAAGCUUAUAGACCAGAUUUACACAAUGAUGGAAGAGAACGUCUUCUUCAGUCUAGAGCCACGGGACCUCCCAGAAGACCUUAGCCCGUCAUUCAGGUCUCGGGGCGAAUACGGCUUUGGUCCUCGCACUCUCUUCCCUGGGGAUAUCAUGAUUCCUGUUUGGCGUCUCCAAGAGGAUCCCGCCAGGCGUUCGUGCAUCAUGCGACAUGACGAGACGGGGCGACACAUGGCCACUAUGUUGGUACUAAGGAUCGAGCGCGGACCUGAAGACACACAAUAUUCCCCUAUACCCUUUUCUGCUCCGAUUGAUCCAGCCACUGGAAUCCCUGUCGAAGCACCGCAUAUAAGGGCCCAAAGAGUCCGCUUCAGAGAGCACGGCUGA